AUGCAGGCCACCUGGUUAAACUCGUCUGCCAAGCCACGUCGGUCGGUCUCGCUGUUGCGUGGAUUGGUGUGGAUCAGCGUCCUGGCAUACGUUCCCUUGUCCGCAACCUACUUUCUGGCGUCGGACGUGACCAAGCAUCGUUUGCAAGACGUUGUGCUUGCCUAUGUUAUCUCUCCCUCCUUUUCCUACGGAGCCGGCUCGGGAAAUGACGGACACAUAGACACAUACAUCGGGACGCACUCAUCCAUGCUCAUCCAUUCUCUCGCCGGAAGUCUCUCCCUGACUCUCGGCUUAUCGCAGUUCUCGGACGGGUUCCGCAAGGCGUAUCCGAAGAUCCAUCGGUGGUUCGGUUACAUGUACAUUCUAGGUGGAUGUGCGUUCAUCCCACUCUCGGCGAUCAACUAUCUGUUGCGUACCGGUCCGCACCAGACAUUUUCCGGACCGGCAUUUGCCCAACUUCUCUGGUUGGACGCCGUUGCAACAGCGUUGACGGGCUUUCUAGCGCUGCACGCUGCCAUACAGCACAAGUUUGAACGACAUCGUGACUUGAUCACGUUCAACUUUGCCUUGAUGUUCUCGGCACCCUUGCUUCGUUACGGCUGGAUCCUGUUGGGUCAGUUCUGGGACGAGACAAAGGAGUUUAUCAACUUGAUCGUCGGUGUUUGGGCUUCUGGCUUCUUAAGCUCGUGUGCCAUCUUUUACAUUCGCACGCGCAAGGCACGAGCGCAACGGGCACGCACACCACUUGCGCUUAGCAUGAUCGUCGGCGCUCUUGCUUCCUCUGUCUUUGGGAUCCUGUUUCUCGCGGCGCAGCUCGAGACCACCCAGUGGUGGCGUCCUGUACCGCUGUUCUGGUCCUCGCUUCCGCCGCUGAUGGUUCAGUAUACUGCGUUUCUGGUCCUCGCCAUGGUGGCUAAAGAUGACAACAGUCGCAUUUACUGGAACACGUUCGUCCUGGGCCUCUUCACCAUCCCUUUCUGGGCGUCUGUGUCGUUUGAAACGUGUCGCUCUGUUUUUCACAGUGAUACCGGCACUGCUUGGUACGCAGCUGUGACGGGUGGUUGGGGCUCCGCCACGUUUUUCAGCUUCUUGAUCAAUGUCUAUUCGACUACCUACUUGGUCGACGAUCGAACGCUUACUGUCGGCUACCCCGCUGCCAAAGGGCUGGCAUAA